AUGACCACUACCAAAUACUUCCUUGUGUUGCUCCUUGGAGUGGUGCUUCUAAGCACUGCCUCACUGGCUGACCACAAUGAGUCUCCCAAACAUGAGCACAAACCUCUUAAGGGAGAAAAGCCACCCCCAAAACACAAGCCACCAACCUCACUGAAUAAGGAAGAGAAGCCAUUGCCAGAACACAAACCACCAACCCCAGGUAAGGGAGAGAAGCCACCACCACAUGAUCAUCACCCUGGACACCUUCUAUUGGAGUCUACUUCCAUUGAUGGCAAACCUCCUCCAAAGGGAGAAAAGCCACCACCUAAACACAAGCCACCAACCCCACUUGACAAGGAAGAGAAACCAUUCCCAGAACACAAGCCACCAAAGGCUCCUCCCAAGGGAGCAAAGCCACCACCAAAACACAAGCCACCAACGUUAGUUGAAGAGGGAGAGAAGAAACCAUUCCCAAAACACAAGCCACCAAAAGGUAAAGGAGAGAAGCCACCACCUGAGCACAAGCCACCACAUGAUCAUCACCCAGAAGAUCACAAAGACUUGCAAAGGCCACCCCGAAAGAAUUUGAAGCCUCCAACUGCUGAAAAGAAGCCACCAAGUCCUUCUCACAAGCCACCCCACAAACCCCCAACUGCCAAUUGA